AUGCUGCACCGUCCGUGUUAUUGUCUAUCUUUGAUUUCUGUAAUCAUUCUUGUCUCAACUCGUCUAUGUUCUGGCUUCCACAGGCAUGGAAUAGACGAAGCAUUUUACCACUCGAAAGAAGCUUCAAAUUUUCCAGUGGAAGCAAUCCAUCGUGAUGCUCAGUAUGAUCAUACAACUGGCGGUCAUGGCGGUGGUUAUGGAGAUGACUACGGUGGAUAUGGUGCAGGAUAUGGACAACACGGUCAUGAUGAUUACGAGGCCAAUCUAGCAGACAAUUCUAUCGCGAGAUUAAAGGAAAUCCAUGCAGGAGCAGGUGGUGUUGGUGGUCCGCAUUACUCAGAUGACGAUGGAUAUGACGAUUACAAUGACUAUGGAGGCUAUUAA